AUGGCGAAAUCUUCGGGACCUUUUGGCCGAGACCUGAAACUUUCUUCCACACCGGAAUUAUCGCAAUCCCAAGAGCAUGCUGGCAGGCAUCGCUCGGCAGGCACCAGUUCAGUCAGAGGAAAAGUUAGAGAAUUUAGAGCGAGCUCAUCAAUACCCGCUGCGCUGUCAUGGGAAGAAUUUGCGAGACAAUCCAUAUUAGCAGCUGAGAGCUCACGUCUCAACCCCUUUUCUCUGCACCCGGAAGAAUACAAAAUGCUGAGGGAUCACAUUACCCACGCACAGGUUACGAUCUACCUAAACAUUAGGAACGGAAUCCUCAGACUCUGGACGCGAAACCCUCUUGUACACGUUACAAUAGAAGAGGCGGUGGGAUGCGCUCGAGAGAAGCGUUAUUUCAGCCUCGCAAAAGUGGCAUAUCACUGGCUAAUGAGAAAUGGCUAUAUUAAUUUUGGAUGCGUCGAAGUUUCGAACACAGCAGGUCCCAUUCCCCGUGUGAAAGCCAAAGGCGGGCCUCGACGAACAGUGCUCGUCUUAGGUGCUGGUAUGUCAGGACUCGGAUGCGCGAGACACCUCGAGGGGCUAUUCGCACAACUGGGUGGUCAGUGGACAGAACAGGGCGAGCGGCCACCAAAAGUUAUUGUUCUCGAAGCACGGCCCCGCGUCGGUGGAAGAGUGUAUUCUCAUCCGUUGCGCAAUCAAUCCCAAUCCACCAUUCCGGCAGGACACCGAAAUACUGCUGAAAUGGGCGCGCAGAUUGUCACUGGCUACGAGCACGGUAAUCCUAUGAAUGCGAUAGUUCGAGGCCAACUCGGCAUCCCUUAUCACGGCCUACGCGAUAACACGAUACUCUAUGAUCAUGACGGGUCAAAGGUUGAGCGCAGUCAGGACAUACUGGUAGAGAAGCUAUACAACGAUAUUCUAGAGCGCGCUAGUGUAUAUCGGCAUAAAUCUGCUACUUUUCGGGUUGUUGAAGGAGACCGUAACCUGAUAUUGUUCGGACGUGAUCCGAGUGACACUGGAGGGGCAACUAUAGCGACAUUGGAGAACUCCAACACCCCAUUACCUGCCAGCGCCAGUACCACUGCCUCUACUACGGAGGAAAAGCCUUCAACAGGAGUUGAGAAACUAGCUGGACGGGCUUACCAGCUCUCUGCUGGGUUCAAUCCUAAUAUUCCUGCAGCAGAGGCCGUCACUACGAUGGGGUGGCAGCUUCGAUCUGGCGCUUCCAAUUCCCAGUCUUUGCAAUUAGACACAAUUGCGAAAUCAUCCCCGUAUCCCACCUUAGGCGAAACCAUGGAUAAUGGCAUCAGCCAGUACCAGGCGAUCCUUGAUCUCAAACCGAAAGACCUGCGCCUCCUGAAUUGGCACCACGCAAAUCUCGAGUACGCGAACGCAGUGAGCGUUAACCAAUUGAGUCUCAGCGGGUGGGAUCAAGAUAUCGGUAAUGAGUUUGAAGGGGAACACUCAGAAAUCAUUGGAGGCUACCAACAAGUACCGCGUGGGCUUUGGCAGUGCCCUGGUAAGCUAGAUGUUCACUUCAAAUCAGUUGUCAAAUCCAUCCGUUACAACCCUCAAGACAAUAGUAAAGGGAAGGCUGUGAAAGUCGAAUGCACCAACGGGGAAGUAUUCGAGGCCGACCAGAUUGUAAUAACGACGCCACUCGGCGUUCUCAAAUCAGGAUCUAUCAGAUUUGAACCUCCACUCCCCGAAUGGAAGCAAGGGGUUAUUGAGCGCAUGGGAUUUGGUCUACUAAACAAAGUCAUCCUUGUUUACGAGGAAGCAUUCUGGGAGCCCGACCGUGACAUGUUUGGGUUAUUGAAUGAAGCAGAACAUCAAAUGAGUCUCGAUCAGAGCGACUAUGCGACACGGAGAGGCCGUUUCUACCUUUUCUGGAAUUGCAUUAAGACGAGUGGUCGGCCGAUGCUGGUGGCUCUUAUGGCGGGAGAAGCAGCUCACUUUGCUGAAGCAACUCCAGAUGGUCAACUGAUCAAGGAGGUCACAGGCCGGCUGGCCACGAUGUUCGCGCCUAACCCAGUCCCUCUUCCCUCAGAAACAAUUGUCACUCGAUGGAAGAAAGAUCCUUUCGCGUGUGGAAGCUAUUCCUAUGUUGGGGCAAAGACACAGGCGGGUGACUACGAUGUCAUGGCGAGGCCGCACGGCCCUCUACACUUUGCUGGCGAAGCCACGUGCGGCACACAUCCUGCAACGGUUCAUGGCGCCUACCUGUCGGGUCUCCGCGCCGCUGCAGAAGUCGUAGAGUCUAUGAUUGGACCCAUCAAAAUCCCGAGCCCACUUGUAGAGAAACGGAUUAAACUUGAGCUCUCGAUAACCCCAGUCAUCAUGGAGUCAAAACGCAAACUCGGGCCAGAAAUCAGUCAAUUAGACAGUCGAACUGCAGAACAACUCCGUGAGGAAGAUUAUGAAGCAUCCAUCAUUGGCGCAAUCCUCAACGAAAUUGGUGAGCGUCCGAUCAAACCUGGCCGGGCUGGGGUGAACCCUUUCUUGCUGUAUACGAAGGACAACUGGUACAAGUGCAAGGCCGAUUGCGAUGCCGCACGCAAAGUGACAACUGGAGAUGCUAACGCGAAAGCCUCCAAGACGGAGAUCCGAGCAGCACUUGGACUCAUGUGGCGGACUGCAAGCCCAGACAUCAAGAAGCCGUACCUGGACCAGACACAGAACGCUAGGGACGGCGCUGCAGCAAAUGCAGCCAACUUUAAAGAACGUGUAGCUACCUGGGAUCGUGAAGCAACACGCAUUCGUCAAGAAUACAUCCAGACCCACCCACCCCCAAAUGGGAAUGAAAACAUGAUGAACAGCCGCACGGCAAUCGAAUUAGGGACUGGGAAACGGCUUCGCCGAUUAGGAGCGUAA